UCGAGAUACAACAAUUAUAUAUUCAAUUAAACAUGGUGAUCCUUAAUGUUCCUUCUCCUGCAGUAGUUCCUUCAGUUAAGCACUUUACCAUCUUCUUCCUGAUCUCGUUUUUCUUCUUUUCUAGUAGUACUCUUGUCUCCGUAGCAGCAGGAGAUCAUUGUGCUCCAUCAUCAUGUGGGAACCUCACAAACAUAAGAUAUCCUUUCCGUCUCAAAGAUGAUCCUUCCAACUGUGGCGAUCCAAACUACGAGCUCACGUGUGAUCAUCUAAACCACACCAUCCUCACUCUAAGCUCCCACAGCUACUACAUCACCGAUAUUAAAUACCUUAGCGAUAAAAGCUUCAUGAUACACGUGAAGUAUGUUGGAAUGGAGAAGUACAACAACUUUAAUAAUGGCAGCUGCAGCCAUAUUCCCCUUCCGGCCUCUCCUCUCACACUAUCUGAUCAGAUGAGGAGUAACAAGUACUAUGAUGUAUUCGGAUGGGUUACUUACGUGAAUUGUUCAAAGGAAGUGAAGGACAACGUUUCCAAAUACUAUUACCGGCCUGUGCCUUGCUUGAGCAACAACAACUCCUUCAUCUAUCACAUUGAUCCUGAUUAUUAUCGACUAUAUGAAGUUCACAACCUUAAUUAUGGAGUUUAUGAAGUUCGCAACCUUAUGCCUUCCUGCCGAUUUCUUGCCAUGUUUCCUGAUAAUAGUUAUAUUGAUUGGUACUCGAUAGACCAACAACCAACUGACAUAUUCAAGUUUCUAGACCAGGGCUUCACCCUUCGCAGCUUUUCAAAGUCAGCCUACAGCCCAGGUCUCCGACAUUGCUUAAAUGAGUCCUUAAGGGAAAAUUAUCAGUAUAUCACCUAUGAUAAACAUUCAAUCAAACGAUGGAUUGAAGUAAUUGCAUUGGGAAUAGAGUCACAUUUUCUAGGCUGCAUAGAUGUCUAUGACCAUAAUCGAAAGCAUUACUAUCGUGUGAUAUCAAUUAUAUAUAUCGUGGUGAUAUUGUUGCAAAUUGUCAAAGCCCUAGUAGUGUUUGCAGUGUUGGGAAGAUGUGUAUUUGCGCCACUAACUGUAUAUGCUUUCCUUUCUUACAAAUUGUACCAAAUAAUGUCAUAUGUUGAUAAUGUGGAAAAAUUCUUGAGGAACCAACAAACCCUUGUACCAACUCGGUAUUCAUACACUGACAUCAUUACCAUGACCAACAACUUCAAAGAGAAGCUAGGCCAAGGUGGAUUUGGUUCCGUCUUUAAAGGGCGACUUCCUUGGGACCGUCUUGUUGCUAUCAAGAUGUUGACAAAUUCUAAAUACAAUGCCGGUGAAGAUUUCAUCAAUGAAGUUUCGACCAUUGGUAGGAUUCACCAUAUAAACGUCGUGAAAUUGAUUGGUUUUUGUUCAGAUGGCACACAAAGAGCUCUGGUGUAUGAGUACAUGCCUAACGGUUCCCUUGAUAAGUUUAUCUUCUCAUCUAGCAAUGUUCCCAACCACAAAUUCUCUCUAGACAAACUAAUUGAUAUCGCAUUGGGAGUUGCUCGGGGACUUGAUUAUCUACAUAAAGGAUGCAAUAUGCAAAUUUUACAUUUUGACAUCAAACCGCAUAACAUUCUUUUAGACCAUAACUUUAAUCCAAAAGUUUCUGAUUUUGGUUUGGCAAAACUAUAUCCAAAGAACAAUAGCUUGGUAUCACUCAGUGUUGCAAGAGGAACUAUAGGAUAUAUUGCUCCAGAAUUAAUAUCGAGAAGCUUUGGUGUUAUCUCUCACAAGUGUGAUGUUUAUAGUUUUGGUAUGCUACUCUUAGAAAUGGCUGGUGGAAGAAGAAAUUCAGAUCCAAAAGCAGAGAAUACAAGCCAAGUUUACUAUCCUUCAUGGAUUUAUGAUAAACUUAUUGAAGAUACAAUUGAGUCUAAUGUGGUAGAAAUGGACACAACUAUUGAAAUCAAUGAAAGAGAGAAGAAAUUAUCCAUGAUAGGCUUGUGGUGCAUACAGAUAAGACCAUCGGAUCGGCCAUCCAUGUGCAAAGUUAUAGAGAUGUUAGAAAGUGACAUGAGUAGCUUGCAGAUGCCACCCAAGCCAUUCUUUUCAGAACCGACUUAAAUAUCUUCAAAAGUGUCAUACUUAAACACCAAUGAUGGUGAACUGACUACCAUUUCUGAAGACAUUGAUAAGUUAAAUUAAUGAGAUUUUUCUUUUUAGUAUUGUAUGGCUAUUAGUAUUUUGUGAUC